GGGCGCUGCGGAGGUCACGUGCUCAUGUCCAGGCUGGUGCGUGGCCGUAGCGGCGCUGGGUGUGCGGGCAAAGGACUGUUACCGCUGCAGGCUGUACUGGGAAGCGUGGCAAUUUCCUCCGCGAAAGAGAUAUAGACACUAUAUAUAUAUUACACACACAUUAUAACAGGCUUGAGAGCAUUGUUGUUUAAGAAUGGGCGUUGAAAUCGAGACAAUAUCGCCAGGAGACGGCAGGACAUUUCCAAAAAAGGGCCAGACAUGUGUUGUUCACUAUAUAGGAAUGCUGCAGAAUGGCAAGAAGUUUGAUUCUUCCAGAGACAGAAACAAGCCUUUCAAGUUCAAGUUUGGCAAACAGGAAGUAAUUAAAGGUUGGGAAGAAGGUGUAGCACAGAUGAGUUUGGGACAAAGGGCGAAACUGACCUGCACCCCUGAUGUGGCAUAUGGUGAAACAGGUCAUCCUGGAGUCAUCCCACCCAAUGCCACCCUUAUCUUUGAUGUCGAGCUGCUGAAGUUGGAGUGAAAAAGUCCAUCAUUGAUAUUUGGUUUCAAGGGAUGCCAUAGGGAGUCCUGGGUAUCAAUACAGUGGAAUAGAUCUUCAAACUGACUUCUGUGAGCCACUGAAGACCUUUUUUGUGAUAUUGAUUUCAAACAAAAAAAAAUCCUGCCUACCUACCUGCACCCUGUUUAUUUUGCUCUUGCUACUUGGAAUCGUUAGUUUUGACUACCAGUGUUGUUAAUUUGUAGAUCCUGUCACUUAUGGGAUUGAUAUUUUGUUCUUUUUAGUUUCUGGUCUGUUUUGAUUGCAUGCAAUAUUUAAUGAAUUUAAGUAAUUUCUAAAAUAUUUGAUAAAAUUGACCUAACCAGGGUCUAACCUAAUUUUUGAAUAGCAAAGACCUUAAAGGCAUACAAAGAUUUUAUAAAAUUAAAAUAAGUGGACAUUCAUUAGAAACUGCAGGACCUGUAUUUGCCAGUCUUGCACUGAGGCAAGAACUGAUGUAAAACAUAAUUGCUUGUUGAAAUAAAAGAAAAGAUCAGUUUAAAAGAAUAUAGAUUUAUAUAGUCCCAACGAAGUGUAUGGUUCCUUUUUUAAUCUGUUGGGAUAAUUAUUGCGAUUAUUGAUUUUAGUCUUGAAUUCUGGCAAAACUUCAGAAGCCAUCAGCUUUGUAAUGUGCACACACCUCAAAAAAGAAACGUGAAACUGUAGCAUUCCAAAUUGACUUUACAAAAAAGUUUGGGUAGCCCCAGUAAUUAAGUACAGGACUUUUGAUAAGUUUACAUGUGAGGGGAACACGCCACACAGAACCUUGUGUAUUUAUUCAUAUUGGGUGGUGUGUUCCAGUUUAAGCUGUUGAUUUGAAUGCCAUGAGAUAGUCACGUGUCAGACAGUGAGUCUGAAAUGCAGCUAAAUGACUUGAGCUACUUCAUACCUGCAAAUUUUAUAAUGACCUGCUCUCUCUGCAAAUCAGUAAUUGGUAGCCUCGACUAUUUCAUUUUUCUGGCCCAAGAAAAUUGCAUGGAACCAAGUAACACAUUGAAAGGAGGAGAGGGAUACAAGAAAUGGAGGAACAAAUAUAUGUAGAUUUUCUCACUUGCAUUUUUCUUUUCAUUUUAGUACAUGUUAAUACAGAUGAGUAAUGCCUGGAUUAGACUUUAACAUUUCAAAACAUAGAAACUAUGAAUACAUUUUAGUGAUUUCAGUUUGUUUGCAAAAAAUAUUUAUAGGUGGUGACAAACAAAUUCUUAAUUUAAAAAGAAUUAAUAUACAUGCGUCAAAUGACGUUCACCAGAACAUUUUAAACAGCACAGUCACGCAAACUAUUUGAUGCAGAGCAAUAAACCAAGUAUUUCCUUUUAAAAUAAACUUUCUAAACUUUGAAUUAUUGGCAUUGAAUGUGAAUAUGCGGGCAAAUAAAACAUAUGGGAAAUUCCCAUUUUGAUUAAAGUGAGCUUCAGUUUUGUCAAAUAACAAAGACUGCAUUUAAUUAACAGCUUAUUCCCGUUCUCGAGAAAUUCUAAAGUUCUUCACACAAUUAAUUAUUUUGGAAAUAGUCAUUGUUGCAGUAAAAGAAAAUGCAGCAGUAAAUUUGCACAUUGCAACAUCUCAAAAAAAAACAAUAAAUUUAAUUGAUCUAUUCUUGGUAGUGUUGAUCAGGAAACCAUGUUCUUCGCUGUGGGGUUUGUCUUAAAUAUAUAUCAAAACAAAGACUAACUUAACAUUGCAUUCAAAAUGCAGCACUAACAGUGGGUUACUGAUUCAACACUGCACUGGAAUGUCAGCUUUGGUUCUAUGCCCAACAAUUGUGUUGAGCCUGUGACAUUCUAACUUUUGAGAGAGAGUCCCAUCACCUGAGUCAAAUGGACAUGUUGAUCAGUUGGUAACACUUUUCAUGACACUUGUUGAUUCGUUUUGAUUCUAAUGGGUUUAUUUUAAAUAAACUAGAUAAUUGAUUCAGCACAAGUUUGCUGGAACCAAAAUCCCACUUUCUCCACCAGGGAGAAUUCACCAAUAGAAAUUGCAGAACACUGAACUGACAUUCCUAUCUAUCUGGAAAGAACUGAGUUGAAUUUGCUAUGGUUUGUUUUAGCAAGCUAUGUUGAUUGCCUGCUGACUAUAUGACAGAUCAGAAACUUUAUGCUAAUCAAGUUAAACACUGCAUAAGCAUUAUACACAGCAAAUAGCUGAUCUACUUCAAUUUCACUUUCCUGCACUGUUUAAAUAUCCUCUAAUUUCCUUAGUAUUCAAAAGUCUAUUGACCACUGUCUUGAAUAUAUUCAACUGAGUAUCCACAGUAUUCUGAAAUACGUUGGGUUUCACAUAUUUAUUAAUGUAAGUCGUUUCAAGGUGUGACUAAAUGCCUAUUGAUAAUUAUAUGCAUUAACGUAAUUGAUUGGAAAUUCUUUAUUCUGAAGCCCCUGGACUGAACAUGUGUUGGCAAUUUAUCUUGUUUCUAGUGUUAAUUUGAUCUAAUGGAUUGCUGGACCCUUGUUGACAAGAGUUUUUAUAAUAAUCAUGUAAUAAAGGUCAUUAUCUGUUUCAUCCACAAAA